UCUUUACCUCAAAAGGCCUUUAAUCCCCCCUCAAAAAAAAAAUCACCAGUCUUUGGCUUGUGUCUGGCUCUGUACGUGUGAUGCAUAUUUCUCCGUCAGUCUAUCUAUAAUUUCAUAGGGAAUUCUCCCAAAAGAAUAUUUGGGUUUGCAUUAAUUUGUGUGGCUGGGGAGAACGAGGAAGGGGGGUAAGAUAGCUAGUCAGAGAGAUGAAGAGCAGCGGAGGUGAGGCUUCGAAACCUGAUAGGAAAACCAUCGAGAGGAACCGCAGAAUUCACAUGAAAGCUUUGUGCUUUAAGCUUGCCUCUCUUAUUCCCCAUCAGCGCUUCAAACCCUCCGAGGAAAUUGUUUCGCAAACGGAUCAGCUUGAUCUUGCAGUUGCCUAUAUAAAGCAUUUGAGAGAAAGGAUAGAGAAAUUGAGAGUGAUCAAAGAACAAAUGAUGAAGUCAGUUGAAGCAAGCAGCAACAUCAUGAAUAAGAAUGCAUCAGUUGGUUUAGGUGUGCCUGUGGUUGCACUAAGAGACUUGGGUUCUAGCAUAGAAGUGAUGUUGAUAAGUGGGUUGAAUAAAAACUUCAUGUUAUAUGAAGUUAUUGGCAUUCUUGAGCAAGAAGGAGCUGAAGUUGUGAGCGCUAGCUUUUCCACAGUGGGAGGCAAGAUUUUCCACACUCUUCAUGCUCAGGUUAAAAUUUCAAGAGUUGGUGUAGAUACUUCAAGGGUUUGUCAGAGAUUGCAAGAACUGGUUAGCUAUUACCGAUGAAGAUGGGGUUUAAGAAGCAACUGCAUCGAUCAUCAAGCAUGCAGACAUCUGCUUAAUAAAGAAAAUAUAGAUAUGAAGCCACUAAAAUAUAUAUAGCACCUCUACAGAUUAAGAGUUAUGUAUCCGGGUAAGAACAAGAAUUUCAAUUGCUAAUUAAGGAGAAGAGCCAAGAGAGUAGAAAGCAGCAAUUUUCAGCGAAAAAAUUAAAGGAUAGGACCAUUUCCAAGCUGGAUGCAAACUUCCCAAUCCCGCCGAUGGGUUUUUCUUUCACUCUGUUUGUAUUUUUGGCCUGCCCGGCUAUGGCUUUCCAUGCACAGGAAUUAUCAUUGGUAAAUCAUAUUAGUAGCUAUAGUUUCUUGAUAA